GUGGUAUACAUUAGGUAUUCAGAAGGAGACGACCGCAGUGCACUUUUGCGUCGUGCGCGUUUGACAAGACGUUUGCUCUGGGAGGCCUGUAUGAGGGAAUGCUGCUUGCCAACGACAGAAACGCCUAGCAGUCGACAUCGAGUGAGGAGGUGCACGUUCCUCGCUAGCGGAGUGGAAGUGCAGAUUGCGACGACUCACGGUGUACUCUUGCCAUCUUUCUCGCAGCUCCUGGCCGUUUCGUUCGUUCUUUCUUUCUUAUUGCGCUCUUCGUGCAACGACCGCUCCCUUCUUUUUAUUCCUUUGCUCGUUGACGGAAGGACCGCUGCAGCGAGCGACUGCUUCCUUUACAAGCGCUGCGGGAGAUAACACCGCACUAGCGUUAGCUUGGCGCCCAACGCCAGGCCUCUUCAUUCGUCGGCGUGCACCUACGCUGGAGGCUCUCGGCGACUACUAGUACAGUGUUAUGGGCCAUGGACGGCGCCGUAGGAGCGCGCUGUGGGCCAGCGGAGUACUGUGCAGCAGGUGGUCGUUCUGUUUGCUGACGACGGCUCUUCUAGCGCACGCCGAUUAUGCGGCCGCCAGGGGUGUCCACAACGACUCCGGUCCCGCUGUCGUCGAUGAACAAAGUUUACUGCCGGAGAAAGGCAAGCCAGCGGGUUCCUUACCGAAUGCGACGGUCCCAGUGUCCUAUGAGGGCGAGGAAAGGCUUCAGCUGGUACAGAAGGAGGAAGAAGCCGGAAAUGCCUCGUCAUCGUUCACGUGGCAGCACCAGCAGCAGCUCGCCGCUCCUCUCCUGGUGUUACCGUGCGUGCCGCCAUCCAUCGAUGAGUUCCCGCGGGACCCGUUCACACAGGAACAGCGGCUCCAGGGAUGGGUGGCCAUGCACUUCCUGGUGCUCGCCUACCUCUGCUGCAUGCUGGCCAUAGUAUGCGACGAGUACUUCGUGCCCUGCCUGGAGCGGCUGUCCGACGCGCUGAAGAUAUCAUCGGACGUCGCCGGUGCUACGGUCAUGGCUGUCGGCACUUCGUCGCCUGAGUUGUACUCUGCCAUAAUUGGUUCUUUUGUCACGGAGGGAGACAUCGGGGUCGGCACCAUUGUGGGCUCGGCCGUGUUCAACAUCCUCGGAGUCACCAGCGUGACCGGCAUCUAUUUGCUCAGCACGACAGCGCAGCUUGAGUGGUACCCCAUCGUGCGGGACUGCCUGUUGUACGUGGCCAGCGUGAGCGUGCUCGCAGUCUGCAUCGCUGACAGCACUGUCCACUGGUACGAAGCUGCAUCUCUGCUGUUGCUCUUCUGCGUCUAUGUCCUGGUGAUGCACUACAACCCGCAGCUCAAGAGCCUGGCCGUCGCUCAGGUAGACGACAUUGUGGCGUACAUAAAGUCCGAGAAGUCAGCGGAGCGACCAGGAAAAAGCAAAGCCCCGGCGGACCCAGCCGCAGCCACCGGCGCUUCUGCAGUGAGCGAGGUGGCGGCGCCCCUUCUCUCCACCAACCACGUCUCACAGUCUCCGAUCAAGUCUACUGCUGCAGUGGUCCCGAGAAGCGGUAGCCAGGCAAGAUUGGGCGUAGACACCGAGAAUGGCUACGACGACGUAAGCGGCGGGACCCGUCCGUUGAUGAGGCCAGACCGCCACACACAAGUCGUCGCCGUUGAGAUCAACGGCGAGGCGGAAGUGGAUUUCGUGAAACCCCAAGCCUCUUCAGAGGCGCAAUCAUGCACCGACAAACCCAGUAGCCGUGGGUGCCUGUCCCGCACGUGGUGUCUGGUCACACUCCCUGCGUCGCUGCUGUUUCGUGUCACGGUGCCGGACUGUCGACGCUGGCCGCGCAUGUUCCCGCUCACUUUCAUCAUGGCCGUGGUCUGGAUCGGCCUGCUGUCCUACCUUUGUGCCUGGAUGGUCACCGUCAUUGGCUAUACGCUGAACAUACCAGAUUCGGUGUCCGGCCUCACCAUUCUCGCGGCUGGGAUAAGCGUACCUGAGAUCAUCACCACGGUGCUCAUUGUUAAAAUGGGUUUCGGCAACAUGGCGUUCAGCAACCUGAUCGGGAGCAACAUCUUCGACAUCCUGUUCUGCUUGGGCCUUCCCUGGUUGGUGAAGACGUUGUGCAACACCGGAGGCCGGUUGCGCAUCAACAGCGGCGCACUGACUUACACGACGCUUACGCUGUUGGGCACGACCGUGCUCAUGCUAGUCACACUGUGUGCCGCUAGGUGGCGCCUCAACUGGCGCGUGGGCCUCGUCUGCCUGGGACUGUACGUCGCCUUCCUGACGUUGGCGUGCUGCUACGAGCUCAACUACUUCGGACCUUUCAACCCGCCCACGUGCAGGGAAUAGGGCGGAGAUCGAUGGAUCUCUGUGCAGAAACACUUGUGACGUGCAUUGUGCCACUUGAACUUCAACAUAGCAACGAACCAGACUUUUGUAGUGGCCUCGUGUGCCGUUUCGUUCGUCCUCGUGUUCAUUUCACGGCGCCUACCUUACAUGGACAUCGUACCAAGAAUUGACUAUGAAGCACGCCGUGGUGGGGGACUCCAGAUUCAUCAUGACUACCUGCGGCACUUUAACGUGCGUCUGAUAAGCGUGGUGCACGCCCAUUUCUGCCCAAUCGGAAUGGGACCGUCACGACCAGGAUGGGAAACGCGAUCUGAGAGCCUCUGUUUGCCGUGAGCGAGUAGCAGUGCGAAGGCAUUAUGUUUGUUGUUUGUGUUAUCGACAAUAGUAUGUCUGUAAGGGCUCCAAACUCACAUGCUCUUCGCUUGUAGGGACUAUAUGUCAUUGACCGGCCACCUUCGCUACAUGUUCAAUAUUUCGUAUGGACUUCUCUUUUGUGAACUUCAGCUGUAGACACUUUUUUCAAAAUGUUUAUAAGCGAAGUUCGGAAUGCUUACAAGCGCUAGUGUACGAGAUGCUUUGAGGAUGCCGGCCUCAGUCCUAAGAUCGUAUACGUAGGACCGUUAUCGUUCGUACUGUUGUUACGCUGCAAAACACGAGCGUGUUAAAGUGUGCUUACCUGGAAAUGUACUUGUAGGCACCGUAGUUACUUCCAAGCUACACGUUAACAGUUCCUAGACUUUGUACCUGCGGACAAGUGCUGACAUACGAAUACAUUUUUACUCGCGGUUAUAACUUGAGGACCAAGACGACGGGUUCGCGCUUCACUGAGGUUGCGAAUCUUGGCGACGUAGUACCGUUGUGACAGCAAUACAUAUAUACACUAUUCACUUCUUGUUACGAAUAACGUAAUAGUUCUUAAACAGAGACGUUAUUGUUUAGAGCAUGCAUGAUAUAUGUAUAGAGCAUUUUCGAUGGGAGCUUUCGUUCCCGUGGCAUAGACAGUAAGCUAAGAAUUGGAUGGAUACUUAGGAAGCGAAUUGCGGUAAACACACCGAUAUACGGUCGGUUGGGUACCCUGCAUCAAGGAAUGUGAAAAGGGACUGAAAUAUGAGCAGGAGGAGAGAAGUGGCGCCUGACCUGACAGGCGUUGGUAGAUUUGUGUGUAUACCCUCUUGACCACUGCCGUAAGGAUUGAUAGUAUCCGAAGAUGACUGAGAUUGCGUUCGAUUUCGCGACAGAAGAGAGCCCUGUCCUGGCUCUCGUCAACUUUUCAAGGCCAUACUGCAAUGUUUUGUUAACAUUUCUCACAAGAAGGAUACCAGCAAUCGACAUUAAUUUGUACAUUCAUACUUGUAACCGCUUAAAUAUGCGGUUUAAUCUUACCAUAAUCCAAUUAAAGUUCGCCAGGGAGUUGCACUGUUUUUAAUGUUAUGUUGGCUUUUGAUAUACAUUGAAUGACAGGUUGACCGUUAGGUAUCGUGCGUUAACUUUCGACCAUCGAAAUCAUGGUAGCUACGACAAUUUAAAGCGCACAUAACGCGUUUAAAAGCUCAACAAUCAGAAC